GCUCUCUAAUCUCCUCCUUCCUCUGUGACUCGCCUUCCAGUAUCUGCGUAGAUCGGUACCUCGCUGUCGUCCACGUGUCCGGGACCCUCCGUCGAUGCAGGACCACGGGAACAGCCAGGUGCGUCAGCGCCACAGUUUGGUUCAUCGCAGUCGUGGUUACUUACUCCUUCCAGGUGAGGACACGCCCGCCGCAAACACAUCAACAACGGAUACACACACACACACACACACACACAAAGUUAGACUUGAUGUGCUGGAACGUCUCUCCUGCUCUCUGCAGACCACAGCGUUGGAGUUCAGCUCCUCCUGUGUGCUCCUCCCUGCCCUCUUCUACCUCACCAUCCUGGAGUUCCUGCUCCCCUUGUUGGCCGUGGUGGGCUUCACCCUGAGGGUCGCCUGUUUCCUCACCUCCAGCCCCGGCCUGAUGCCCCAGCAGAGCAGGGCGAGGAGGGCGCGGGCCGUCAGGCUGCUGGCCGCCGUCCUGGUGGUCUUCACCAUCUGCUUCACGCCGUUCCACGUCCGGCAGGUGGUGGUUUACUUCUGGGUGCCAGUCGGAGGGGAGGGGCAAGGCCAGGGGGCGGGGCACGUACUUGCCUUUCACAUCACGGUGACUCUGAGCAGCCUGAACAGCUGCCUGGAUCCAGUGGUUUACUGCUUCGUGACGGACAGCUUCAAGAGAGUGUGGAGGACGAGGAGGGGAGCGAGGGAGGGGGGCGUGGAGGCCGGUCACGCCAGCGGGGAAGAAGGGGAGAGGAAUUCAGUGAACAAAUGCCCGGGCACGGCACUGGCAAUAGCGCACAGUGUGGCCACAAUCACUCUCUCAGGUUCUCCCCUUUCCGCCGCUGACAUGGAACAUUCGACUCACACAGAUUGA